AUGGCAUCGCAGUCCUCGAGCAAAGCACCCUCGAUCUCGAGCAAAGCAUCCCUCUCAGCUGGUCCUGAGGCUGUGACCGACCCUGCGCCAACUGGACCCAUCAAGACUCCCUUGACUAUCGCUCUCCCCGAAUGCAAGCCAUUGCCUCCUGCAGCCUUGACUGCUGAUCAAGAGACCAAGUAUGCUUCAGUACUCUCGACUGUCUCUGCAUGGACCACACUCCCCAGCAGCACUCUCAAAGAUGCCAAAGAUGAGCCUAUCACAGACAACGAGCGCAUGUGGUUAACCCGCGAGUGUCUCCUUCGUUAUCUUCGCGCUACCAAGUGGGACAUUCCUAGCGCCCUCAAGCGUCUGCAAGGAACUCUGUCCUGGAGACGCGAGUAUGGUGCCGACACUUUCACCGCCGAUUACAUCUCUCCCGAGAACGAGACAGGCAAGCAGGUUAUCAUGGGCUACGACGUCAACGCCCGUCCAUGUCUGUACCUCAACCCUGGCAGACAAAACACAAAGAAUAGCGACCGUCAGAUUCACCACCUUUCUUUCAUGCUGGAUAGAGUCAUCGACAUGAUGGGCCCUGGACAAGAGACGACUGCCCUGCUUAUCAACUUCAAGGGCGCCACUAGCGGCAGUACUCCUACCAUUAGUCAAGCUAAGCAGGUCCUGAACAUUCUACAAAACCACAACCCAGAGAGACUCGGCAGAGCUCUCAUCUCACAGCUGCCUUGGUACGUCAGCACCUUCUUCAAGCUCAUCUCGCCUUUCAUCGACCCCGUUACAAAAGAAAAGAUGAAAUUCAACGAGGAUCUCAAGAAGUACGUCCCUCCGAAACAGCUCUGGAAGGACUACGGCGGUGAUUUGAACUUCGACUACGACCACGCCGCGUACUGGCCCGCCUUGAAUAAAGAAUGUGAUAGACGCAGAGAAGCAUACAAGCAGCGCUGGGUUGACGCUGGCAAAAAUGUCGGCGAGUACGAAGACUACCUCCGCGGAGGUGAGCAGAAGUGCCUCCGCGACAUUUCAGGCGGUGUAGAGAAGGAUAGUGCUGGUGUCAAGGUCACCGACGAGACCCCCGACAUUGCUAGCCUGAAAGUUUAA